AUGGAACAAACAAGUUCACUCGUGAACACUUUACCCAACCAAAUCAUCAAAGGCAUUGAAGAUACCGGCAUCAACUACAAUAUCAUUGUAGCCGGUGAAGGAUACUCCGGCAAAACAUCCUUAAUCCAAAGCCUCUUUGGUAUAGAUAUGCAAACUGCCACUCGAGAUAACGAUUUAUUCCAUGAAGUCUGUGACAUGGUUUGCACCAAUAAUCCACUAGCCGACUUACUGGAAGCCGCUCCAGCUGUCAAACUAGACAGUCUAGGCAUUUCCGUCUCAGCCACCCGCGUCACUCUCCAAGAAGAAAGUAUUCACCUUAACCUAACCAUCUAUGAGAUCAGCCACAUUGGCGACUCCCUCAAAAACCAGCUCGACUGGACACCAAUCCGCAACCUCAUCUUCAACCGCUACGAAGAGUACCACAUGGAAGAAGAUCUCGGGACUAACAUCCAAGAUAAAAGAAUCCAUUGCUGCCUCUACCUUACCAAUCCCCGCAUUAUCCCUCGCCAGGUAGAUAUCAACGUCAUGAAAGAAAUCGGCCAAAUCACCAAUCUCAUCCCAGUUAUUUCCAAAGCCGAUACACUCACUUCCGAAGAGUACAAACAAAUGAAAGAAACCCUCUUCUCCACCCUCGUCGCCCAUAAAGUCCAACUCUUUGACAGUAUCCUGAUUGAUGAGUGCAAAAAAGUCGUCGAACUCAACUUCGUCCCCCUCCGCUUCAGCACCCUCAACCGCAUCUAUCCCUACCACGCCCACCAAUCCCAGCACACCCAAGAAUCCGACCUAGUCACCCUACGCGACCUCCUUAUCAAAUCACAUGCCAUCGACCUGGUCGAAGUCACCGAAAAGUACUACGAACACUAUCGCCGCAACAAAAUGAUCGUCGAUGUCCUAACCGCCACCGAUUCCGGCCUAGAUGAGAACUUCAAAAGAAAGAUAGGCCUAGAAGAAACCAAACUAAAAACACUAACCAAAAGAUUAGCCGAAAAGAAGAAGAAUUAUCUUUUACUUAUCUCCCAACAUAAACACUUGAUUUCUGAAGAUUUAAUCUAA